CAAGGGAGAAGCGCGCGAUAGCUCUUCUCCACUCCCAAGAGCCGCGGCUUCCAAAAGAGCGGGGCUGCUGCUCAGGAAGAAGCGGGGCUGAAGGCCAUGGGGCGGGACUUGCAUGCGGGUCCUCCCCUUCACCUCCGAGCGUGGCGUGGGUGGCGCCUGGAGAGAGGGGAAGGAACAGGCGCGGCCUCCGGCUUGGAACUGUUCGGCCCUCCGUGGUGCUGACUGAAGCCGGGCUGUUUCUGCAGCGUGCCGACUGGUGUGGGGAGAAGCCAUCAUGGCGCGCCCGCCGCCGCCGCCGCCGGCCCUUGGGCGGCUCUGGUAGCAGCCAGGCUGCUCUCCCACCCGCAGGGGACUCUGCCACCCACAGCGCUCCUCGUCGUCCGCGCUGCCGUCCUCUUCUCGCUCCCCGCGGCCGCCUCCUCCGCUGGGCGCCAUGGCUGAGCAGGUGCCCGGGCCGACGACGAGGCGCCCCUGCCGCCUCCUCCUGUUGUUGUUGCUGCUGCUGCUGCCCGGGUCGCCCUCGGCCGAGCUAAGGUCGCCGGCGGUGUCGGGCGUGGAGUCACUGCUGGAGGAGUUCCGCCACCAGCUGCAGCAGGAGCAGGAGCUCCCUGCCGGGGGCGGCGGCAAGGAACGGACGGAGGCUGCGGGGCGCUGCCGCAGGGGGGAUGCAGGAGAGGCAGGCGGCUUGGGGGGCUUUUUCUCAGCCAGGCCCGACUCCAUCAUUCGCACCAAGGACUCGAUUGCGGCGGGCGCCGCUUUCCUCGGCUCGCCGGGCUCGGUGGCGGGCCCGCGGCAGUGCUUGGACGCCUGCUGCGCCGAGCCGCGCUGCACCCUGGCCGUCGGGCAGCAGCAGCCCGCCUCCUUCCGCUGCUACCUCUUCAACUGCAUCUACCGCGGCCGCGCCGUCUGCCUCUUCUCCCCGCAGCGCGGCUACAGCAGCUACUACCUGGAGCCCAGCAGCAACCCGCCAAGCCCGGAAAUUGAUGAACCUCCCCUCAGCAAGGCAGGGAAAGACAUUAUGCUUCAAUUGCCUACUAAUUGGGUGAUUCUGGAUGGCCGGGAAAGUUUAGAUGAUCAUGGAAUCAUACAGUAUGAGUGGACACUGCUUCAAGGUGCCCCUUCAGUUGAUAUGAAGGUACCUCAACCAGGAACCAUAAAGCUCUCACACUUGCAAGAAGGGACAUACACGUUGCAGUUGACUGUGACUGACACUGCUGGUCAAAGGAGUUCGGAUAAUGUCUCUGUGGCAGUCCUUCCAAUGGUUCAUCCUGCAUUAGGAUGUAUUGGGGAUUGUUCGCGCUACCAGUUCCUUUGUGAUGAUGGAUGCUGCAUUGAUAUCACCUUUGCCUGUGAUGGAGAGGAACAGUGUCCUGAUGGAUCUGAUGAAGCAUUUUGUCAGAAAUUUAAUUCCGGACAAAAGACAAUGACUCACACAGCCAUUAGUUCUAUCCAGCAGAAUACCAUGGGACUAACUAAAGAUCCCAGGAAGGAGCUCUCAUUUGAAAUCACCCAGAGAACUACUGUAAGCAAUCAAGCAGUCAAGUCUAACCAAUCACCCUCUCAGGGACCAAAGAAACAAACUGCUGGGUUUAUGCCAGAGCAAUGCUUGGCGCCCCCUGCUGCUGGCCCUUGUAAUGAACACUUCCCUCGCUGGCACUUUGAUGUUUUUUCAGGCACUUGCCAACAUUUCAUCUAUGGUGGCUGCAAAGGCAAUGAAAACAACUUUCUGCAAGAAUCUGACUGCCUUGCUGAAUGUGUAAAUGUUCAUGAUUCUAGAACCUCAGGGAAAGACAAAGAUGAUAACAAUGAAAAUGACAUUGUGAUGUUAAAGGACACUCAAACUGGAAAGAGCCAUCCAGUCCCAGAAACAGGUGCUGUGCUUCCCCUUGCUCUAGGGUUGGCUAUCACUGCUUUACUGCUGCUCAUGGUAGCUUGCCGACUACGCUUAGUGAGACAGAAACUGAAGAAAGCUCGGCCCAUUACAUCUGAGGAAUCCGAUUACCUCAUAAAUGGGAUGUAUCUCUAAAGCAGGAUUCAGGUUACUUCUCUUCCCUCCUCAAGCUUUUUUUUUUUAAAGUGUGCCUCUUGCAUCAUUUUUUUUUUUUUUUUAGUAAAAAUAUGUUUUGACAUUUUUUUAAAUCAUGGUUUUUUAAAAAUAUAAAAGCAGCAAGCACCUUCAAAAAGUUUAUUUUAAAUCAUGGUAGAAUAGAGGUAUAUAACUGCAAUGGCAGAAAGAGUGACUUCCUCUCCUGGAACUUUAGGAAUAUCCCAUCCUAUCUUUAGCAAUGAGGCAAGUUUAUCAUACUUGCUGCUUAUUGGUUGCAGUCUCACAAACGCACCUAAUUGCCCUAUCUCAGGUGUGCACAGUAGCACCGAUGGAGCUUGCUCUGUGGCAGCUCAAAUGCCUUUAGAAGUCCAAGUAAGCAACCUACCCUCGGCUCCUGCUUACACACUAGCUUCACCCAUUUCUGUUUUGUGAAGUAACUUCGCACACUGUUGCAGCACCGCUUCUCGUCAUGGUCUCUGUUGCGGGCAAUGCAUGUCUGAUCCACACUGCUGCACUAGGGUGAUGACCUGAGCUAGUUCAUGUGAUGCUAUAGGAGGUUAUGGCUUGCAUUCAGGGGGCGAUGCUGGUAGCUCCCUACACAGAGAGGCUAUUUACAUGCACGUGCAAAACAGGGCUAAGGGAGCCCAGCCUGGUUUUGCACACGUGUGAACUGCCAGGAUCAUGCCUGAUCCUGCUAACACCACAGUGGCAAACCCGCCUACAGAACCUCCCUUGAAAAUGAGGUUAAGGGAGUGAGUGCUCCCUUAACCCCAUUUUCUAGAUCGUCUGUCAGCCACUAGCAGACUUAGCAGGGGAGGGGGAUCCCCAUAAUGCACCACACACUUGUGUGUUGCAUUAUUGGAGCUCUGGGGUGCGGGGCAGUGCAUCCCGGCACCCUGACUCUCUGAGCUGCCGCCAGCAGCCGGUGCUCAUCUGGGCGGGCGAUCCACCCACCCAGGGACAUUGUGAAGAUUGUCUGUGGAGAGGUAAGCACGCUCGGGUUUCCUCCCCGCAAAAACAGGUAGCCAUUUCUUACUGGUGAGAAGGUUCAUUGACCUGAAACGGGAACCAGGCAAGCCAGAUUGGAGUCUAGUUAGAAAGGAUGUUGAAACUAGAACCAAACUCACCUGGGACAGAGCUGUAGCUCAGUGGUAGAACACAUGCUUUGGAUGCAGAAGGCCUCAUGUGUCCAGUACCUGAUAUCUCCAGCUAGGUAGGGCUAGAAAUGCUUGAAAGCCUGGAAGGUUGCUGCCAAUCACUGUAGACAAUACUGAACUAGAUGGAUCAAUGGUGCAAGGCAGUUUUCUGUGUUCAUCGGGUGCAGUCAUUCCUGAACUAACAUGUAAAACUUACUGAUUAUUGGCUGAUAAGAUCAGCCCUUACAGGGCAAAUGACAUUUAUUUUAUAGCAAGAGUAUUUUUUUUAAAAGUAUUCAGUAUCCUGUGGUUAAAAGAUACCCCCAAUAGAUUCAGUAUGGGUUGAGAUAGAAGUAUAAGGUUCCUGUGUGGAAACUGUUGCAAUGGGAACAGAACAUGUUUAGUUUUGGGGUCCUUUCAGACUGCGGUAAGCUGCAUGACAUGAGAUGCUUAUGUGCAAGUUCCAACCAUGAGCUUACUCAUCCUCCACACGCUCUCCAGCAGGUUUCCAGCUACUCUUCAGCUGCUGAGCAAGGCUCCUUGUGCAAUUUCUGCAAUGCCACAUGCCAGUCAGCUGUUGCUUUCCCUUAUUUUCCUGAAUAGUAUUAAUUGAUUCUUCUCAUAAAGCAAGAGCUAGCUGGCAGAUGGCACUGCAAAAACUGCAUGAGGACCUUGCUUGGUGUCUGAACAAUGUGUGAAUUCAUGCUGGGAAGGAGGGCAGAAACCUGCGGAAGGUGUGUAAACUCAUGCUUGGAACCUGUGUGCAAUCUUCUCACAUCAUGCAGCUUAUUGCCAUUUGGAAGGACCAUUUGACCUCCCUCCUUGCUGAAGGACCCAUUGGACCUCAGACAUUACACUCCCACUGAAGGACACAUUGGACCUUGUAUACUUGAAAGCGACCCACCACUGAAGGAAAUUAGAAGGAAGCAAACAAGUGUGGUUAUUUGGUUCUUCUCAGUGCUGGCAAGCUGUGCUAUGCAGUAAAACUGUAGAGAAGUUUAUGUUGGAAAAUCUAGAGGACAACUGUGCAAUCUCAGCUCCCACUCCAGAAACCAAUGUUUCAUCUUUGCUUAUCUACAGAGAGGCCUAGCUUUAGUAGCUCCUCCAUUCUAAGAACUUAUCUCCUCUUGUUGUCCUUGCAGCAAGGGGUGACAAUUCCAUCGUGCUGCUUUUAAAUGAGACCGAAGGUCUUAACGGCAACAGCUUGGGACCUAGCUAGUGUCACUGAUAGGUGUGUAUGUUAUUUCAGCCUUUGUUUCUUUCCCCAAGUUGACUGCUUAUUCAGUCUGUUUCAUUCCCAUGCCUGUAUUUUUCAGAACAUUGUGGGGGGAAAGGAGUAUCUGUAGCAAGUUUCAAUACUAUGAGCAGUUGGCUUACCCUGCCUCACAAAUAGGUCACAGAAAUUAGUAAUCCAUAACAUUUUUACUAACCUGCUUGCCCACACACGUUAGUUAUUUGUGGAAUAUCAGCCUGAAAGGAAACAAUAACCCACUCACAGCUACUUUUGCAAACUUUGCCCUAUCUAUUUGCCUGGAAGCAGUUCUUAUUCACCACAGCCAAGUGACUAUUCACAAAUUUGAAUUUAUCCAAUGAAAGCAUUAAGCUUCCAUAGCCUUGCCUACAUGAGAAGAUAUCAAAAUCUUUAAGAUGGUAAGAGCGGACUGUACCAGGUAAAGUGUGUGCACACCAUUAAAGAAAAAAUAUUCCACACACACAGCUCCAUGCAAGUGAAAAACUAGCACACCCAGGGGAAGUAUUGUCACCUGCUAUGCUAGUUCUCUACUUGCAAGGUUUCUUAAAAACAUAAGAUAACAUUCAAAACUGUUGUCCCCACCUACAGUCUGAAGUGGUGCAGGGCAUUUUACCACCUCAGGACUCCCUACACAAUACUAAAAGCAAAAUUGUGCUUCUUACAUUUUAAAAAGAAAAAUCAGAUGCUGGAGGGGCCAAUCCAGAAUGGGGCUGUGGCAUGGUGGAGAGGGGUUAGCAGCACUCUCCUUUCACAACAUGGUCCUUAUUAAAACAGUCCCCCGAAACUACUAUUUGUCCCAGGAAGAAAGGUACUAUCGGCCCUUAUGGCAGCUUCAGAAAGACCCUUUUCAUUGGUAUCAUCAUACAAGGAAAAGGGUUUUUUAAAAGCCUCUCCCAUACUGUGGUGGAUCUCAAUCUCCUCUAUGGCUAUUUGCCCCCCCCCCCACCUUUUAAAGCAAAGAUUGAAGCACAAUGAUGCUUUUAGCCUCACAUGUUGUUUGGUCCUUGUUCAGCUAUAUAAGCUGUAGAACAGGCUGAUUUUAACAACACAUCCCAUUGUUGCUGCUGCUGCCAUCAGUGAGCUUUCCCUUCAAUAUUGAUACAACACUGCCUACUUCCAUGAAGUUUUAAGGAUUCUUGCUAACUGGAGCCUCACAGUAAUGUUCUAAGGCUUCAGUAACUACACCAAUUAAAAUCUCAUAAAGUUAUUUAAAGAAUUUGGUGAAUGACUGAACUGUAAAAAACAUUAUACAGUAAAGCAUAUAUUCUAUGUUUUGGCUAUUGUACGUGAUUUCGUUAUUCAACUGUGCAAGUAUGUUACAAUCUGAGUACCCAUGUACAAAUCAAUGCAGAAAAGGCAUGCAACUUUUGAUAUACCUUUAUUUUAUCUAGCAAUUUUGAAUCCUACUAGAAACUCCCAAAUUGCUAAUGUCCCCAUUUGAUUAUAUAAAAUGAGAUAAUAAACCUAUUUUAUUCUUA